CAAAAAGCAAAACAUAAACGUCCACUGCUGUUCUGUAGGUCUCAUCGUGAACUGCGUGCGGUAGAAAACUGUCGUUAUCCAUUUUCCAAGAAAGCAGAUCUAAUCUGUAUCAACCCCUAUCACUACGAACCGAUACAUGCAAAAGCACCUCGUAAGUUUAGCUUCUUUGAUAACUUAUUGUGUAUUUCGGGUUAUAAUGUCCGACUUCUUGUAGUGGUACAAGAGCUCGUUGAAUACUGCGAGCCGGAAUGUUGGAUGUCUAUAACAUACUACGAAGAAGGCAAGAGGAUAGGUGAUCCAUUCAAUGUACGAUCACAUUACCUGCUCGUUGAUGGUUAUCCUUCUCCGAGUUCUGAAGAGAGAUUCAUUCAUUUCAGAUUUUGUCUUGGAUACUUUGAUGUCGAGAAUCGGCCAGUACCUGUGAUUGAUGCUCGUCGACAAGUAGGUCGAGGAGCAAGGUUCUACUACAUCGGUGGGGAGGUAUACUGUGAGUGCCUCUCUGAUGCGGCUGUUUUUGUCCAAUCUCCUAACUGUAACCAACGCCACGGCUGGCACCCAACAACUGUUUGUAAAAUCCCGCCGAACUGUAACUUGAAGAUCUUCAACAAUGCUGAAUUCGCUGUUCAGCUUGCUGAAUCGGUUGAAAAGGGAUACGAAGCAGUAUACGCUUUGACCCGCCUUUGCACCAUACGAAUUUCGUUCGUCAAGGGUUGGGGAGCGGAUUACCGCAGACAAACGUCUUGCUAUUUUCAGAUUGACGCCCACCUUAACGGACCGUUGCUGUGGAUUGACAGAGUGUUGCGUAGUAUGGGUGCACCAAUGAUGGCACAUUCCUCAUUUACGUAG